AUGGCUUCUAUUGGCCUCUACCGUGUAAGCCACAAAAUGUCAAUGCCCCUCUUUUCUUCGAUCGCGCGUCAUGUCAACAUUAAAUCUUGGCCAACUCUUGACAAUCCGUGGAGAGAGAGGCUCGAUGUAAGCAAAAAGGGGACAUUCCCGCCAAAUUAUGUGGUGUCAAAAGAAGAAUUUAAGUUUGUUGAGAUGUUGAAGCCCGCAGAUCUUAUUCCUCCGCCUCCUGCCGGCGUUGAUGUAACACCCAGUGGAUGGGUUCCUCCUAGACCCGAGCUAUCAUCAAAGAAACCCUACACAGUGACUCGCUCCCGCAACCACAUGCUUCCUGUCUACCUUCAUCAGAAGGGAAGGAAACGACGCGAACAGACCCACGGCACACGAAUGCUGACUGUCAUUACUAAAGUCGGUGGUGACAUGUGGGCCCUGGCAAGUGAUUUGGAGGCCCUUUUGAAACCAAAGUGCGAGGCUGGCCAGUUUCUGUGUCAGGUUGAUGAAGCAACCCAAAAGAUAAUAAUUGACGGCAUAUUCCUGGAGGAAGUCGCGGCUUUUCUUUUGGAAAAUGGAUUUUAG